GUUCUCUGUUGGACUUUCAGGCUUCUUCCCUCAUCCCCCGUUCUCUUCUCCUUCUCUCGUCAUUUAACCCCAUUCCACCUCUUCUUUGUGAUAUCAACUAUCCUUUGGCGUUCUCCGUCAUCGUUCGUUUGGUUGAAUCCUGCCCAACCCUUCCUUAAUCAUUAUCGUUUUAUCGGCCAGUCUGAGACAGUACCAGUCAAUGAACGAUGCGGGGAUUUGAGGCAUCGGGGCCUGGUGCUCUCUUCGAUGCUCCCUCGACUCUAACCACAUCUUUUACGAACAGUCCUCCCGCCGCCACUGCCCAUUCGCCGGCCGAUCCUCAGUUGACUACCUUGAAAUUGGAUGAUGUUCUGCUGGCAAUGUCCCAAGACAAUGGCGGUCUGGUUGGCGCCAGUGGCAACUCCUCCGGUUCGACCGGCAAGGGCAUUCUGAUUGGCGUCCUAUCCGCUUUUGGCUCAGCCGCCGUCGCAGUCCUUGUCCUCGCGAUCUUCUUUUUCUUCAAAUACACCCAGCGCGGUAGAAUUAUCCUCGAUCGCAUCGGCCGACCCGGCGAAUUCGACGAUGAACAGGCCUUCUUGCGCGAGGAAGCCGAGGCGCUUGAGACAAUGGAUGAUCUGUCGCGGUCGGAAUACCUAAGAGCGAAGGCGUUCAUCGAGGCCAACCCCCCCGAGUCCAUGCAGACCGACAUUUCGCUCUCUCAAUUCCUGGCGAUUCAAGAAAAAGGCGUAUCCGCCUGGGAGUUUCAGCCCGAACUCGAAAUCGCCAAUUGCUUCGUCGAGGGCAGGACCGAAAUCGAGUUCUACGAUUCCGAAUGCAGUGUUCAGACCAACCUGCCUGUUCCGAAACAGAAUGACGUCUACUACUGGGAGGCUAAGAUAUAUGAUAAACCGGAGAACACCCUCAUCAGCAUUGGCAUGACCACCAAACCGUACCCUUUGUUCAAAUUACCAGGUUACCACAAAUCCUCGGUCGCAUAUCAAUCUACAGGUCACAGGAGAUAUAAUCAACCGUUCGCUCCAACGCCCUAUGGUCCCCCUUUGCUUCAAGGCGACGUUAUUGGCAUUGGUUAUCGGCCACGUUCAGGCACGAUCUUCUUCACUCGCAACGGCAAGAAGUUAGAAGAUGUGGCUCACGGACAGAAAUCACAAAACUUCUUCCCCACGGUUGGGGCCAACGGACCUUGUGCCGUGCAUGUGAACUUUGGUCAGAUGGGCUUCGUCUUCAUUGAAGCCAAUGUAAAAAAGUGGGGAUUGGCCCCAAUGACUGGCAGCCUGGCGCCGCCACCGCCAUAUGGGAGCGAACAAGGCAGUAUUCUUCUGGAAUCCGGUCGGGAAAGUGCUGCACAGAUUUCACAGCGAGUAUAUCAGGACGCCAACAAUACACGAACCAGUUCUACCCUCCGGGUUGGGCCGUCCGCCAGCCCGGGUCCUGUGCGGUCUCCCACUGAUAUCUCUCUUGCCCAACUUGCUCAUAUACCCUCCCACGAAGAUGUUGGCGAAGGCUCCAGUCGGACCAAUACUGGGGACAAUGAGCAAGCACCCUUGCUGAACACCGAUGACCUCGAUCAGGUUCCACCUCCGGAAUAUUCGAGCCCGGACGGCAGCCGAAGAGGCAGCGAUGACCUUCGUUUCGAGGAUCAGCCUCCGAUACCAAGCUACGAUGCCGCGGUUGGCAACCGUAACGACCACGGUCCCUACACGGACGCAAAUCAUUGAAGGCGAUGGUAUUCACCCGCUUUUGUUCAUGAGUGUGCGUCGUCGUAUGUUCUAGCGAGUUAUGCAACUGGUGUGUAUAGGGUGUGGUAGUCACUGGAUCUGUCGGUAUAUUCAUUAUGUUCAUCGAAUUUUAGCGGCCACGGAUGGCGUUUCAAGGCGGACUGUUCUACAGGCUGGGUUUCAU